GUAUGGUGCACCGAGUCCGGGUGCCGAGUGGCGACUAUGCACACGGGGUCUCGCUAACGCUAUGAUAAAGAGCGACCUAUUAUCCUUGCUCUUUGUUGAGGAUAUGAACGAAUUCCAGUUGUUUGGCCACAGCCCGAGAAGAAGAUAAACUGUGCCUGUGUUCGAGGCAUAGGGCCGCGUGCAAACGUAAGUCGAUUGAGAUGCACUUAGGAUCUACUUGGUGGCUAGUUCUCGCCCUGGCGAGCUCCCCGUGCAGCAUCGCGCGAACCCAGCUCGUUUACACGCCAAGCCACUUCGUCGCGGCGCUGGCAGAUGAUACUGUCGACAAGGUCCAGGUGGAAGUGCCGCUGGUGGCCCUGACGGAGGACGUCUUCCAGAGGUCGGGCGUGCGUGUGCCGGUCUACAUCAACCGGACCGUAACCGUGGUGGGCAGCCCGCAGCUUCCAGAGUGGCCAAUGCUGCAGUUCAUGGCCUGGCACACGGUCGAGCUGUGCGCAGGUGUUACACUGCUGUUCACCAAUGUGAUCAUACAGUACAACGUGCUUGACAGCCCCGCGCGGACGCCAAACCUGUACCUCUUCGCGCCCUCCAAGGCACCCAACCUGGGCCCAAACGGCACGCGAGUUGUUCUACAGGCCGCCGCACUAAUACUACCGUCGUGUUUACCUGUGCGGCUGCGCAGUCAGAACUUGGUGCCAGUUGCAAGGCCCGUCUGGGAGGGACCCGGGCCGCAAACUGCACAGCUCUACCCCAUGAAAACUUCAUGUUCGAACUCGACUGACGCCCCUGUCUUAGAGCGAUGUUGGCAGUCGGGUAUGUUACUGCAGCAAGAUUACGCCUACCCUGGAGCUGAAAGCGCUUUUGACGGCACGGUAGUGGCCAACAAUGUCACACUGCGCUUUCUGGACGUCAGCAUCCUGUGUCAGCAGGUAGUGACCGAUGAGUGCUUAGUCAGCCUUGGACCAUACGGCUGCCUGGUGUACGUCAAUCGGCUGAUGUCUGCUCAGCCGCUGGUGCCGAUCUCGGCGCAAAUGCGGGCAAUCAUUGCACAGCAGCAGCAACAGGCUGAGUCCGGCAGCGUGCCCAUGUAUGCGUUAGCCGGCGGCGGCGUGCCAGCCUCCUCCACGGCUGAAGGAGGGAGCAGCAAGCCCGCGGUGCUUGCUGGCGCUGUCGUUGGAGGGGUUGCUGGGGCGGCGCUGCUGCUGGCGGCGGCGGCAACUGCGUUUCUAUCGUAUCGCCGCAGGAAAAGGCUUCGGCCGAACCAGCACCAACAAGGUCGGCUAUUGAAGCGCGCAGGUUCCGCUGAUGUGAGCGGGCAUUGCGACAGCAAGCACCACCAGAAGGGAUGCGGCAACGAUCCGUCUGUAGUGGUGGUUCUUGAUGGGCCCGAUGCUAAAACUGAUGACGGCUCCAGCAGUUACGCAGACAGCACAAGCUCCGCCUCGACAUCACCUGCGACGCCCCUGCCUGCCGCUGGUCGGCAGGGGUCUCCCGGGCCAUCUGGGUCGCAGCCGCAGCAGCACGCGGAUGCCGGCUGGCGACUGCCGGACUUGGUGGUCUCGAGCGCGCCGCUGAGGGCGGGGCUUGAAACCCAGUUUGUGGUGGUGUCACGGGGACACGCCGCAGACGCCCCUGCGGACAUCACAGCCCAGAGUAUGGCGCCAGGGUUGCCCCGCAGCUGCGCAGCGGGGUAUGCGGAUCAGGGCGCCGCGACUCCCGGCGAGGCACCACUAACCCGUUGCGCAAAGAGCUUCAGCCGAGCAGCAGCACUCGUGUGCGAGCCCCAGGAGCACCCCCAGCGCCGCGCUGAGGCAGCGCGUGCGGGGACUGAGGCGCUACGCGCGCCUGAUGUGUUUUCCAGCACCGGCAGCAGUACCAGCACCGGAGCUUCGGCAGGCAAGGGCUCUGCAGUCCAGCCAGCGUCAGCACUCACCAGCACCUACGCGUCAGCACUGGCGGUCUUGUGGCUCGGCCGCACCAACAUCGAAAGUCUGCUGACUGCAUCGGGCGGUGCGGACCCAUCCCCAUGGCCAACUGAGGACGCAGCUACACCACCUGGCUUCGGCGAUGCCGCUCGCAACACGGACGCAGUGGUUGAGCCGGCUGCGCAAGUGGCCGUGUCGGUAGCGAACGCGGCUGCAGAGGUUGCCUCCACAGGCACGCCCGCGGCCGCCGUGUCGCUGCUGCUGCCCCCUCUGACGCUGGGCGCGGAGCCGCCGGCGCCGCCGGUGGAGGUGGUGGAGCUGCUGCCGCACAAGCUGGGCAAGGGCAGCUUCGGCCGCGUGCUGGAGGGCCGGUAUCGGGGGCAGCGGGUGGCUGUGAAGCAGGCCCUGGACCUGCAUGACGGCCUCACACUGCCGGUAGCGUCCGUGGUGGCGUCUUUCCUGCAGGAGGUCCAGGUCAUGGGGCGCUGCACGCACCCCAACAUCACCACGCUUCUGGCUGCGUGUCUGGCUCCACCCAAGCUGUGCCUGGUGAUGGAGCUGAUGGACACAAGCCUGGAGGCACUCAUCUUCGGGGGGCCGCCGGGGCACCUGCUGCCGCUGCCAAAAGUGCUGCACAUUGCCAUACAGAUGGCCCGCGGCCUCGAGUACCUGCACCCCACCGUGAUCCACCGCGACCUCAAGCCUUCGAAUGUGCUCAUCAGCAACCCUGGCGGCGAGCACCCUAUCGUAAAGCUCACGGACUUUGGGCUGUCGAAGAUCUCUGAGAUGACACUGGAAACGGCCCACCCAGAGGCGGGCACACCGGCGUACCUGGCACCGGAGUGCUUUGACAUCACCAACAACAAGUUGACGCACCAAGUGGACAUGUACGCGUUUGCCGUGUGCAUCUGGGCGAUGCUCACGGGGGAAAUCCCAUGGAAGAAUCACAACGUGGUGUCUGUAGCCUACAACGUGCACAUGGGCAGGCGGCCGCCGUUGGACUUGACAGAUGACGUCCGCUGCCCGCGCAAGCUGCGCAAGCUGAUCGAGCAGUGCUGGGAUGCAGAGCCGCGCCGCCGUCCUGCGGCGGCUGAGGCUGUGAAGGAGCUGCUGGUCGUGCGGGAGCAGCUGCUGCUGAUGCCGUCUGGGAAGUAAGGAACGUCACACGUUGACGUAGCCUGGAGGCUUGUGGCGCCGCUGGCCUUCGCUGGCAUGCCAGUGUCAGUCGGCAACAUGCCAGAAUUUCAGGGACGCGCUGCUCACGAUGGGAACCAGGGGGGGCGAGCCUGGCCAGGCUGCGGGUGACAUGUGGAGUACCCGCGCUUGCGCUGGCGGGUGUUGAAUUAGGUGUUGGAGCCUUGGGGGCCGCCGGGCCGGUAACGGAGUUGGAUGUGAGUAUGCUACGGCUUAGCAAGGCAUUACAUGAGGAUGUACAAAGGUUUGGAUCCGUGCGGCCCCAUCGCCUCCUUAUGAUAAAUUUAUGGCGGCGUGUUGAGAAUCAUGCCAUGGACUGUAUCAAGCAGGCACAUGGUCAAACUGGCACGCAUGCCAUUUUAUUGUUGCUGCAGUGCAUGUUCAGCAUGGUUGCAUACUGCUGCCACAGAGCAUGUGCAUUUGCAGAUCAUGCUGCUCAACAGAACCAAUAUGCUGCCACAGAGUAUGUGCAUUUGCAGUUAAUGCUAUUCAACAGAGUCUUGCUUGAGCACGAGAACCAUAAAACUACAACAUUUGCUGCAGCAUCCUGUGUUUACCCCGGCGGCUGCCCGUGCUGGCUGCACUUGCUGAGGGAUGCAUGGCUUUAAUGACUUCUGGCACGCAUCAGGGCCUGUCGACGGAGGGGAGCGAUUGCCCUGCUCAACCCAUUUAAGUUUGCUUAUGUUGUAUUUAAAUUAAUAAUUGAGCCCCGCAUCCUGACACGGGGCAGGGUGCCUGGGCAACAGGUGCAGCAGGAUAGGGAUCGGUGUGCGCAGUGGGCUCGUAAUUCUCUUGUUCACGCUGGUGCUCGUCGUAGAGUGCAGGCAGGGCACCGCGCGUGCGGCUGCGGUGUUGUAGCUGAUGCGUGACAUCAGAUGCAGUGCGCCCUGUAGGGCGGCUUAAGCGCCGGUUGUCUGCUCUGGUGCCUCUGCCUGGCUGCUGCAUGCCGUAGAUUGCGGAGAGGUGCCGAUAUGGGUUGUGCGUGGGAGCCAACUGACGUGGGCGUGUUCCUGAGAGGAGGGUCAAGGGAAAGAGGAGACGGAGGGCGGGUCCAGGAGCAGAGGCACGCUGUUGGCAGGCAAGAUACAGGAAUCUCUUGUUGCAAUGAGCGUGGACGACACCUGGAACUGAUACCGUACUGGCCCUGGUUUCACACUUCACCCUAGCUGUGGGUGCGAGUGACCGACAACAGGCAGCCGGGCAGCCGAGGCUUGAUGCCACUGGCCCGUGAGUCCCUGCAUGGUUGCUUUGCCAUUGUGGGGCCCAGUCAGUGCAGGUUGCAGGGCAGGAUCCACGUACUGAAGGCAGGGCUUGAGGGCUGACUGGGCUGGCAGGGAAUCCAAGCAAGUGUGGCGUGGUUUGAAGCAACGAAGUGCUCUGACACCCAUCUUGGAUGGCAUGUUUUGAGAGGUUGCGGGCCAUGCCCUGGGGCGCAGACAGGAUGUCAUCCUCCUGAACACCUCGCCUGGUCCAACACACUGACCCGUGCCACUGUUAAAAUGCCUGUAGCAUGGUAGCACAGUUCUUCGUCCCGUAUCUGCGUCUGCUACGUUCAGCAUUGAGACGUGUCGAGUUCCAAGUUAGGCUUGAAUUCAGAUUUUGGACUGUGUCAAAAAUCGGGUUUGGGGGCGCCAAUGGGGCUGCCGAGUUCGGCCCAUGCGCAUGGGUGGGAGCAUGGUCGAGGUGUGGAUAGAGUAAGGGAUGUUGAACCAAUUUCCAGGUUGUUUCUUAUCUACGGUCUUACUAGCUCUUUACACGGCGAGCCGAGACAGGUUCAGGCCGGCCACGCGUUGGGCCAGUGUGCCGGCGGAGUAGAAUCGAGUUUGACGUCUUGCGUAGUUUUACUUCCUUCGUGGGUAGCGAUUCAGGCUAGGGGGGCGGUAGGCGCGGCGCUGGCCCGUCUUUCGCAAUGUGGCCUCCGGCUCCGGUGACCUCGAGGCUAAGCGAGCAUGGCUUCAAACGUGUCUUGGGAUGACACCCGAGCGCACGCAGUCACAGCGGCUCAUUGUUGCUAACGGGAUGCCCGCCUCCAUCUCAGGUCUAUACCACCGGCGGGCUCGUCGUCGGCAGCCCGACAGGCUCAGGACGCCGACAAGGCCACUCGUGCAGACGCUUUGGCUGACUUCCACGCGGCAGCAGAGCAGUCGACUUCAAAGAGGAGGCUAAAUGCGACACCCUGGAGCAGCUGGAUAAAUCUGGGCGAGCUGUAGAUACAGCAGGCCGGCAGCACGGCGGAGAUGGCGGGCAUGCACACGGGGGCAAGCCGUGCGAGGGCCAGGGGGGCGCGGGGGCCGCCGGGGCCAGCCCGCCAGGCGCGCUGGGAGUGACCGGGGCGGGAGGGACGACGGGUUCGGGAAGACCGACGGCCACUCUGCAGCAGCACCACCACCACCACCAGCACCACCACCACCACCACCACCACC